UAGCUCCCCGACCAGGUAAUUAAUUUCCCUGGGUGUCCGUCCGGUGAACUCGCAGCAGAUCUAGCUCCCCCCCCCCCCCCCCCCCACUCGCGCGUCGGCGUCAAGGUAUGGAGAUGGAGUCCGCGGGGACGGAGAUCAGCUUCACGUUCCCCGGUUCUGGAUCUGGUGCAUCCAAUGGAUGUAGCGGCCCGGCAGUCUCACCAGAUUCGCCGCGGUUUGCAAGGCAUCCUCGAUUCCUGGGUGCAGUUCGUGAGGUCGCCGAAGAUGAUCCCAGCGGCCGAUUCCCAGAUUUAUUAGAUACAGUUGAAGUUGUUCUGCGCCCAGACGUCAGCGAUUCAGAAGAGAAUAAGCCCAGCAGGGCGGAGAAUGUGUAUGUAGCCCUGGACGACAAGGUUGGAUGGGUUAGCAGGAAACGGCGGGAUGUCAUGCCAGACGAAAGACCAACAAGUGCAGACAGGGUCACCGCGCUGGAAAAAGCUCUAACCGGGUUUGCAGAUAGGGAUUCAGAUUCUGUUGUGACUCCGUCCGUUGGGCUAUCAUUUGACUCGAUAAAUGAGGCAUAUGAAUUCUACAACCUGUAUUCUUGGGAGUGUGGAUUUGGUGUUCGCUAUGCAAAGAGCAUGACGAAUGUAAAAGGGACAAAAUGCAUGCAGGAGUUCGUCUGCUGCUGCUCGAUAUGAGUCCUACAAACAAGUGUUCACUGUCUAAUGUGUCAUCUGUUACCAUGCUGUUUGUUGCAUAUCUAAAUGCAUUUUGGUUGGUUAUUUUCUUGCAGGGCAAACCAAAAGAAGCAAAUUCGAAGUCUACAUGGUGUCAAUGCCAAGCCAUGAUAAGGCUUCUCCAAACGGACGACGAAGGCUGGUACAUCAACGAAUUCAGGUCCAAACACAACCACCCCAUGUUGAACACUUGUGCUGAGAAGUUGCAUUUCCCAUCACAUAGGCAUAUUGACAAAUACACCCGUGAGCUUGUUUCCCAACUGAGACAGAACAAUGUUAAUCUGAGCAAGGUUUAUAGUAUAAUCGCAACAUUUUUUGGUAGAGUUGAGAAUGUGCCGUUCACCAAGAGAUGUUUAAGGACUCUGUGUGGGAAGCUUAGCAGGGAGCAAGCUGAUGACGAUGUGCGAAAGACAAUGGCUAUUUUUUCAGAAAUGAAAGCACAAGACAGCGAGUUCACAUACAACGUUCAGGUAGAUGAUGAGAGUAGGAUAUGGACCCUUAUGUGGACGAACGGGCGUAGCAAAACACAGUACCAUCACUUCAGUGACGUUAUCACCUUCGACACGACAUACAAAACAAACCUGUAUGAUAUGCCAUUUGGUCUGUUUGUGGGGGUGAAUAAUCAUUUUCAGAGUGUGCUUUAUGCGAGACGAGACCGAGGAUACAUUCAAAUGGAUUUUUGACGAGUUCGUGAAGAUGAUGGGUGGUAAAAAACCAAUUACUAUUCUAACAGCUAGAGCCAUGGAAAAGGCAAUUGAGGAGGUGUAUCCUGAAUCCACGCAUCGGUGGUGCAAAUGGCACGUGCUGAAGAAGGCCAAAGAAAACCUGGGUGCUCAUUACACCAAGAAGUCAGAUUUCAGGGCUGAAUUCCACAAGCUUGUGCAUGAGAUGCUGACUAUUGAUGAAUUCGAGGACGGCUGGGCAGCAUUGCUUGACAAAUAUUCACU